GGGGCGGGGCCUAGAAGCCUGCGGGUGAGGAUUGUCUUCGCCAAGGCCCCGCGGCCAGGAUGGCACUGAGCUUCGGGUACUCACCUGCUAGCCUCAGAGCUGUGCCCUCAGCUCAUGCCCCGAAAGCAGCUUCCGACGCUGGGGUCCGAGCGAGGGACGUGAGGAUACCUCUGCCGAAACUCCGCUCGCCGCCUGGCCGCCCGUGACGCACUACGCCUGCGCCGCCGCGCCGGCCCGUGACGUCAUGACGGCCGCAGUCCCGCGUGUUUCUCUAUUAUCCCGGCUGUAGCUGUGGCUGCUUCUGAGGCUUCUCUUCCGUCAUGGCCUUGGGGAUAAGAUGCUGUCGCCUGCUGCACCCUGCUUUUCGCAGUUACCAUGCUGCUUUGACCAGACCUGUUUCAGAAGUUUCCCUGAAGACAGCGAGUGGAAGACAACAUGACCAUAGGCAGUACUCAGCCUACCCAGCAGUACCAGUUCGCCAUUUUGCAACCAAGAAAGCCAAAGCUAAAGGAAAAGGACAGCCCCAGGCCAGAGUGAACAUUAAUACAGCCUUGGUUGAGGAUAUAAUCAGCUUGGAAGAGGUGGACGAAGACAUGAAAUCUGUGAUGGAAGCACUUAAGGAUAAUUUCAAUAAGACUCUCAACAUAAGGACUGCACCAGGAUCCCUUGAUCAUAUUACUGUGGUAACUGCUGAUGGGAAGGUCGCUCUAAAUCAGAUUGGCCAGAUCUCCAUGAAGUCGCCACAGUUGAUUCUGGUGAAUAUGGCCAGCUUCCCAGAGUGUACAGCUGCAGCUAUCAAGGCUAUAAGAGAAAGUGGAAUGAAUCUGAACCCAGAAGUGGAAGGAACACUAAUUCGGGUACCCAUUCCUAAAGUAACCAGGGAACACAGAGAAAUGCUGGUAAAAUUGGCCAAACAGAACACCAACAAGGCCAAAGAAAAUUUACGGAAGGUUCGCACUAAUGCAAUGAAUAAACUGAAGAAGUCAAAGGACAAAACCUCGGAGGACACCAUUAGACUCAUUGAGAAGCAGAUCAGCCAAAUGGCAGACGACACGGUGGCAGAGUUGGACCGGCAUCUGGCAGCAAAGACCAAAGAACUCCUUGGAUGAAAGUUAGCAGUCACAGACACCAGAGUCCCGAGUCUGCUCAUGGCCUGGGUGGCAAGCUCGUGUCUGCACUGCCCUGACCAUCCACCAGAGGCUGACACUGCUGCUCCUUCAUUGGCCGCUCAGUCUCCUGUUAGGGUGCUCAGACUUAUGGAAUCUCUUCCUUGUUUCUGUGCACAGGCUUAUUCUGCUCUGGAUCUCCUGGUGUGAAUGUCUCCUGUUGGCAGAGGACCUUUACUCUGGCAGUGACCUUGACUGUGGUGUCACAGGACUAGGGCCACUGUCAGGCUUAGCAGCUCCUCUCAUCAACACAGAAGCCUCCUUUCAACUGUGAAUCAUACCCUGCCCUUGUGUUAAACUCAUUUGGAUUAAUGUGGACCUUCAGUCUGACUGCUAAUGAUCAAGCCUAAAUAAAUUGGAAAAUAACAAUCACAGAAGAAAGAUAGAGUGGUUUGGAUGGAAGAGCCCCAGAACUUGUUUAUAAAGCAACCAAGAGCAGUGUUUUUGCCUCUGGGUUGUCCUCCCACAUGCUGUUCAUGUGGACCAAGCUUCCGCUCCUAACGGCCAGUCCUGUUUACUGUGCCAUCAGUUGCUCCCUCUGGGCAGUCUCUCUGCCUCCAGAGCUAGGCCCCGGUUUUGGCUGGGCUCCUCUUAUUUCAUCCUCUGUUUUUCUUUUCUGUUAGUCUAUAUUUUGAGAAAAAUUACCAGAGAGAAUGGCACAGA